UCGUUCGGUCGUUUCAACGGGACACCCGCAUAGCUUUGGCCUAGUGAAAAGACAAUUCAAGCGCACACACAGUCAAGCAAACAGCCAGCUCUUAUACACUUAUACGCGCAGUGCUUUCUGUAUGUGUGUGUCUGUGUGCUUUAGGUGCGGCGACGAGCUGAAAAUAAAAGUUGUUCAAUGUGCAACGUGGGAUUUUAAAGCAUUUUGAAGGGCUUCAUUCCUUUCAUUCCUUAAAGCUACAACGAGCACGAGACAAAUAACAAAAAACAAUUUAACACCUGCUUCUGCUUUCCAUCUAGAGAAAAGUUGAGCAUUUGGAAUAGACAGUUAAUUUGCAACCACAACAACUGAAACAUCUAAGGUCCACGCCCUACUUAAACUACUUAAGUCUCUCCUGCAGCUGGCGCUGUCGACGCAGGACAACGAAGGACAAUCGCAAUCAGUACGCUUGCCGGCCGGCAACGGCCGCUAAUGAAGAUGAAGUGAUAGCCAGUGAUAUCGUGUUAAAGUGGAAUUAAAUAGAAUAUAAAUCGCUGGAAAAAUGACAGCGAUUUCUCAGCACCAGCCGAGCAGAACAAAUGCAAAGUAGUUUGCCAACAUAGGACUCUGGCAGGCUACAAAUAGCAACAGCAGACUUGAACUCGGAAACGGAACAGGCGGACAGUGGUGUCGAGCAGAGCAGAGCAGCGCAGCGCAGCGCAGAGCAAGCGCCCCAAGCAAGCCGGGCAAUUUGUAAGCCGGCUCGGCAAUUUCACGCAUCGCGGCAGCAUGGCAGGCGCUAAUAAGGCGACGAGCCACGCCCCAUUGUUAUACAGUUGCCAAAAAAAUGCCCAUUCUCAGCUAGAUUCGAGAGCGCCUACCAACUGAGCGAGCGAGUGACUGACUGACUAGUCCCAAAGUAGCCCUCCCCCUCCUCACACACACACACAAAGACGAGUGAAAUAUUAUGGCAACUUUUCAAAUGGAAAAACGCCAGCAGCAACAGCAGCAGCAGCAGCAACAAACGAAUUUAAAACAACGACAAAGACAGCAGCAUCAGACAGAUCGUGCAGCAAAUUCGAAUCAGGAGGCGCAGCAUGAGGAGCACCGGCAAGGGACAUUCACAAAUUGCAACCGGCUCUGGCCAACAACCUGCUCGACGCCGGCCAGCGUCACAACUGUCGACUGCAGCAGCUGCCAGCGAGCGCUGAUAAUGCUCAGCAUGUUAGUAGUUGUCAUCGUUGUGAUAUCCGGCAAUGGAGUGUUGGCGGCGCAGCGGGACUCGUACAAGUCGAAGGAUAUGGGCAGCAGCAAUAAUGCCAUACCGAAUGAGGGCGACGCUGCAGCUGCUGUUGCCGGCAAUGGUGUUGCCGGAAGCGGAAGCAUGACCAGCACGACCAGCAGCAACGGAAGUAACAAAAAUGGCCAAUCAAUGGCAACCGACAGCAGCUCCAAAUACAGCUCCAGCUCCAACUUCAACGCCAACUCCAACUCCAACUCCAAUUCCAACUCUAAUACCAAAGCCAACUCCAACUCCAAUGCCAACUCGAACUCGAAUGUUUCAACUACCACAGCAAUCAGUGGCAUUGCGAGCAGCAGUUUGCACAGAGGCAACUCGAUAGCCUCGCUGGCUGCUGCCUCCAGCAUCAAUCGCAACAGCAUCGAUCUGAUCGAGGACUCGCGCAGCAGCGGACCCUAUUUCGACAAAGGCGCCUCCAAGAAUGUCACUGCGCUGCUGGGCAAGACGGCCUACUUGAAUUGUCGCGUCAAGAAUCUGGGCAAUAAAACGAUGCUUUUGCAAGUUUCGUGGGUGCGACAUCGGGACAUACAUUUGCUCACAGUGGGACGCUAUACGUAUACGUCGGAUCAGCGCUUUCGUGCCAUACACCAGCCGCAAACCGAAGACUGGAUGCUACAAAUCAAAUAUCCCCAGCAUCGCGAUUCCGGCAUCUAUGAGUGCCAAGUGUCGACAACUCCGCACAUGAGUCACUACAUCCACCUGACAGUUGUUGAGCCCUCGACGGAAAUUAUUGGCGCACCUGAUUUGUAUAUAGAGAGCGGCUCGACUAUAAAUCUCACCUGUGUCAUACUCAACUCACCUGAGCCGCCAGCCUACAUCUUUUGGAAUCACAACAACGCUAUAAUCAACUAUGAUUCGCCUCGGGGCGGCGUCUCAGUUGUUACCAACAAAGGUGAGACGACGACAUCGUUUCUACUGAUUAAAUCAGCGCGUCCAUCGGACUCCGGGCAUUAUCAAUGUAAUCCAUCAAAUGCAAAGCCCAAAAGCGUAACGGUACAUGUGCUGAAUGGUGUUUCUCAUUCCGUUUCCAGGGGAGUUCCCAGCAGCAAUGCAGCACGCGGCACCAGCACAUCCUCCCAUGUCUCCAAGUCGCUAUCUCUUAGUGUACCUGUUUGUGUGCUGCUGCAGUUUGGCAUUUGCCAGACGCUCUAUGCGGCCCUCAGUGGUGCAGCAGCGGCAGCGGCGAGAACGUUCCAGCGACGAUGUCCCACCAGAAGCACAGACAGAGGGCAAGGAAUUUGGAAUGCCGCACUCAAAGCGACUUUGUCGGUAUGUGGAAUGGGAAACAUACUCGAAUGUCUUUUAAGCCUCCUAACCUCGCUGCUGAGCAUCACAUGGCGAUGGCACUGGCGGGGGCAUGGCCCACACCAUCACCACCAACAGCAACAAGAAAAGCAACAGCAACAGCAACAGCAACAAUCAGCAACUGCAACUGCAACAGCAACAACAGCUGAAACAGCAACGUUUAGGCAAGUAUAUGAGGCGGACAUAAGGUGAGCAACACCUGAAAAUGAAAACGAAAAUGCAAAUGAAAAUAAAUAUAUAAAUGAAAACAGAAAAACACUU